ACACUAUAUGUGAGCUAACAUUGCAGGUCAAACGCACUACGGUUUAAUCGGGCAGGAUAUAUAGAGACAGGUGGAACGAAAACGCCACAACACAGAAUUCUCCUCAUCUUCCAGCAAUGCGUGUCAUCAACAUUGUAAGUCUGGCUUUAAUACGGUCCAGACCCAUCUUUGGCAUAUCGGCCAGAUUUGGAUAUGAAUAAAACUAAAGAGAAAGACGACUACAGAAACUUUGAGCAUGUGUGUGUGUUUCAGAGUGGAAGUCUGAUCGACCGAGUGUUCAACACAUACAAGCUCAUGCACACCUAUCAGACUUUGGACUUUGUGAAGAAAAAGCACUCUGAAUGGGCCGGCUGCAACCACAAAAACAUGACGAUGAUGGACGCCGUCAUGUCUCUAGACCAGAUGGUGGACGAGUCCGAUCCCGAUGUGGACUUCCCAAACUCUUUCCAUGCCUUUCAGACGGCUGAAGGCAUCCGCCAGACACACCCGGACAACGAAUGGUUCCAGUUGGUGGGUCUGAUCCAUGAUGUUGGGAAGGCAAUGGCUCUUUGGGGAGAACACCAGUGGGCUGUAACAGGCGACACCUUCCCAGUGGGCUGCAAGUUUCAAAACUCUGUCGUGUUCAGAGGCAACACCUUCCUGGAUAACCCUGAUGAGAAAAAUCCCAAAUACAACACUGAAUACGGGAUCUAUGAACCAAACUGUGGGCUCGAUAAAGUCUUCAUGUCCUGGGGCCACGACGAGUAUCUCUACAGAGUUUUGAAGUUCAACAACUGCUCCAUCCCGGAGCAGGGGUUGUACAUGAUUCGCUUCCAUUCAUUCUACCCCUGGCACACCAACGGAGACUACAUGCACCUGUGCAAUGACAGCGACCUGCGCAUGCUGCCCUGGGUCCAAGAGUUCAACAAAUUUGACUUGUACACCAAGACCACGGAGAUGCCGGACAUCGACAAGCUGAAGCUGUAUUACCAGUCUCUGAUCGACAAGUACUGUCCUGGAACACUGAAGUGGUGAAACACUGAAUUCAACAGCAGCAUAUAGGGACAGAGGGGGAGUGCUCUCCUUCUGUUGGUCCUUUGUAAUGAUAGUAAUAGUCUGUGUGGUGAUAUGUACAUAUAAAUAAUCAUCUACAAAUAACUUAUUAUUUAAAUGACGAACAUAACUUGGGAUUGUAGCAAUAGUCAGUGUGGUGGUAUAAAUAUGACUAAAGAUCUACAAAUAAUGUAUUAUUAACUUGUGAUUGAUGUGAUAACAAAAGUAGACUGAUGAUCUGUUAUAAUCA